AUGCAGGAAAUCUGUCCUGGGGCUGUCUUAGCUGCUGGGGUGAGUUGGCCUGCUGCAGCAGCAGCAGCAAGAGGGUCUCCAGCAGCAGCAGCAGCAGCAGCAGCAGCAGGAGUUUCUGAUGGCAGCAGCAAAGCCCAGGGGCAUGUAUCUGACGGUUGCAGCAGCAGCAGCAGCAGCAGCAGCAGCAGUUCAGCAGCAGCAGUUGAUGCUCCUCUUGGGGGAGGGUACUGCGCAGAGGGCCUCCGCAGGGGGGCCCCCUGGUGGCGGGGCCCCCGGGAGACGCUGCUGGGUACAGUAAGGCGGCUGCUGCUGCUGGUGCGGUGGAUAGACAGUGUGAGUGCGCAUGCUAGCUGUACAUACACUGCAGCAGCAGCAGCAGCAGCAGCAGGAGACGCAGCAGCAGCAGCAGAAGGGGACCCCCUAGCUGUCACAGGAGAUGCAGCAGCAGCAGCAGCAGCAGCAGCAGCACUAAGAGGCGAUGGCGCGCUGCUGCUUGUAGGUCACGGGCUGCUGAUGGAUUUGCUGCUGAAGGCGUUUGUUGCUGCUCCUGCUGGCGGCAUUUGCUGCUGCUCUUAUCUGGAGCAGCAGCAGCAGCUGCUGCUGCAGCAGCUGCAGCAGCAGCAGCAGCAGCAGCAGCAAAACGGCUGCUGCCGCACCGCAGACGCUCUCUAUGUCCCCCCGCAGCAAACCGUUUAUUUUCUCUCCCCCAACUGCGCUGUCUCCUGCAUCGACGUCAUCCUGCAGCAGCAGCAGCAGCAGCAGCAGCAGCAGCAGCAGCAGCAGCAGCAGGAGCGGGAGCAGGUGGUAUGCAAGCGUGCGCCUGGGGACGAAGGCUGCAGCUGCUGCUGCUGCUGCAGCAGCUGCAGCAGCAAAGCAUAUCGCCGCACAGUGGGUGUGGUCUACUGGGGCCUCCAGGCGGUACCCCCCAGCCUCUUCACUGGCCACGCGCUAGGCUCAGCCCCAGUUGUCUCCAUCUGA